GUGACGUCACUGCGCUCGAUAAGGAAGUGAAGAGAACUUCACUUUUCAGCUUUUUUCUUGUUUGGCCUUCGUGUACAUUUAAUGAACUUUAACUGUAUAAGUAAACUCUUCAGCCAGUAAGGUUUUUCUUCAGCCAGAAAGUUUUUACUUAAUAAGUUUUAAUUAUUGUUUAAAUUGAUUAAUUAGAUUGAGAUUUGAGAGUUUAGAUCAGGGUGAGCAGAAUGGAGACUCCUCACCUGACGGAAGACGAAAUGGCCGAAGUGAAAAAGAACGCUCUGGAGUCUCUUCGUCCAUACCUAGUAGAGAAGCUGAUUGCAGAGAGGCACUAUGAUUACCUGCGCUCCAAGAAGAUCCUGACGCGAGAGGAUACAGAGGAGAUCAGCUGCAGGAGCACACGGGGAAAGCGGGCAGGUAAAUUACUUGACCUUAUCGCGGAGAACCCUCGAGGCCUGGACACGCUAAUUGAGUCAAUCAUGCGCUUGAGAACGCUCAACUUCAUCGUCGCCAAGAUCACUGACGAGGUUCAGCGGUGCAAGAACGAGAAGAUAGAGGCACUCAGAGCAGCAGGUGUGUCUAGCGCCAUGAUGAAGGACCCAUCCGGAGCCACUAACAACCUGUCCAAGGCGGACUUCUAUGAUUACGAUAAGUGCUCCACUGUUUGUCUCCACCCUGAUGGGGAACGAAGUCCCGCCUCCUCUGUGAUGAGCAGCUCUAUGAACCUCUCUUUUGCAGUGAAUCAGCAGAGGGGACAGGACUGUCUGUCAGUUAGCGGCACCGCUAGCUUAACGACGUCCUCCAGCCUUCCCAAACCUGGUGAUCCUGGAGCCCCACCCCUUCCUGAUGACAUCACUGUGGAAGACCAGGAUGCAGAAGCAGGUGCUUGUGGGAGCACAGGAAGUAGCGGUGAUGCUAACUUCCUGCCCCUGCGCUCCCGUUCCUUAAACCUGUCUGUCGACAAUGCGCUCUGAGAAUUUAUAUACAAUUGCUGUGUUUCAGUACGGUCUUCAGUACUUCCCCUGUAUCUCACAACCCUCUGUACUCCAAACACUGCCGUGAGACUUAAAUCUUUUUGUUUUGUCCUGGGAAUUUAAAUUACCUUUAAAUGUGAGUGUUUCCUAAAAGACUGGGUUGGUUUGUCACUUCACAUCUCAGUCAGUGUUAAACAGUGUGUGUGUCCAGCUUCACACAUCCCUCCCAUCUUCAUCUGGGUUUCCUCCAGGUUCUCCUGAUUGCCUAAACUAGGUAGAUAGUUAGAUUGUCUAUGUUGUGUGUGUGUGUGUGUGUGUGGUACCAGGAAUGGCCCUCAGGCUUUUACCCUGAACAGGAUGUAGCCCUAACUGAAGAUAGAUGAAAUCAUGUUAUUGCAGCUUAAGCUUCAGCUUCUUCCAUUGUUCUGUAUAAAUGUCAGUAAGUUGUGUUCCAGAAGACGAGAGAUUUAUCUGAGGGGAAGUUCAGGAGGGGAAGUGUUAAAAACAGGUAUAAAACACGGCUGCUGUUGAUGGCGUGGUGAUGGUGUUCCUCAGCGCUCCAUGUAAACACUGCUCCACAUAAAGGUCUGCUGUCUCAGUAAAGCUGUGUGUAAUUAACCGCUCCAUGUUCAGACUGACCAACCCCUAGUCCAGCCCUAUAAAAUUGCCUAGCAUGGUCUGAUAUCGUCUUUACCUCUUUAACUCUUUAACUCUCAGCACUUAAACAGACCAGCACUUUCCAACAGCAUAUUUGUAAGUUUAAUUUCUAGGAGCUGGAAGAUUCCCUGUGUCUUUAAGGGCUGGUGGUAAAGAGCACUUCAGGUUCCUGAGUUCCAGGUGGUCAGUGUGCAGAAACAUUACUGUGUGCUGAAUCUGCGAAACAUGUACAAUACACCGUUACUGACAACACAAACAUGUAUAGCUAAUAUGCACACACACACACACACAAACGCUUUUCUGUAUUGAGUCAGGUUUAAAAAUCACUCUGCUGAUCAAAAAGGUCGUAUUCAGUAAUGGAGAAUCCAGUGGAGAGCUAGUGUUAUGCACUGUUUAGCUAAUGCUAAAUGCUGCUGGUACAAUGUUAAUCUAACCAUGGUACAGUUAUUAUUUAUUUUUAUGAUUAUUGUUUUAUACCAGUUACAACGUUCGUAAGGAAACUAGCGAUUUUCUUGAAAGCUGUCCUGAUCCAGUUCCCUUUCUCAGGAGCUAACCCUGACCCUAGGUAGCGACCUUCUCAGGGUGUGGGCGGGGCUUGGGAGUACUGUAGGUUUUUAUUACACCAGAUUAGAGCUAAGGCUAACAUCACAAACAUUCUGUCAGGAGAAGAUUAUUUAGCAUGAGUCAGACUGAUACAAAUGUGAUAAACAUCUAAAUAUGAUACCAUUCUAACAGAACUCAUAACAUUGCUUAAAAAUAUUAUAAAUAUUAUUAACACUUUUCCUGUAAUAGGAAAUUCAUCCCAUUUUACAGCCGGAUGAGCAGCAGUGUGUAUCUCCGAGGUGGUGUGCAACUUAUCUGUCUAUCUACCAACUUAUACCAACUUAUCUGUCUAUUCUUUAAACUGAAAAUAUCACUCAAGAACCUGUGACACUUUUAAUAAAACUUGGUUGGUUGUUAAUGAAAUAUUGAGAUUUAUUUUUAUUACACACCCUGCAAGGUGCUAUGUGUUUUAUUAUAUUUUUAAGUGGGGACCUUUAUUAAAUGUUAUUUUUAUUACUUUGAUGUCCUGUGCAGUUUGUACGGAUGAGCAUUUCGGUUGAUUAUUAUGAUUAUCGGUUAUUGAAUGAAGGUUUAUUGUGCUUUGCCUCAGUGAGACCAGCAGAGGGCUCCACUGGGUCAGCAUUGUGUCUGCAUUAGUGCUCAGUGCGGCACUGGGGAACGGAAACAGUGAGUGAGCUUCAUGGACCUUUCCUGUACAUAAGCGAGUGUAAAUGAAACUGAAUAAAUGCUUCAUCAUAUAAAAA